UUUGGCUUAUAAGACUUAAAUUGUUUUUAUUGCAUUUAGACCCUUUAUAACUGCUUUCAAUGGACGACACUUCCAAAAUUAGAGAAGAGCUACAUGCCAUAUUGGAGGAUAGAAAUAAUGAGAAUAAUCAGAGCAACAUAUGCACAUAUCUGGAGAAUCUACAGGAUCGAGUCAAGCAAACAGUUUGCCAGCACUCUGAAAUAAUUCAUUCAUCGGUGAGCCUUAUAAAAGAAUUGGGAGAUGUAUCCACAAUGUUGGCAUUGACCCAAUCCGGGUCAGAUCUGCAGGCAACUAAUAUCAAACGCUUGAUUAUGGAGUUCGAGAACUUGCACGCUGGUGACAGUAGCCAAGGAUUGAGCUCUAGUGAUGUUACACAUCUUCGUAGUAUAAUUGCCGACUAUCAACGUCUUGACGAAAGUCAUUUGCUUCAGGACAGCCUAAUGUGCUUCAAGCUAGCCAAGGAGUCAUUGGAAAAGGUUGAGUCCCUGAUGAGCCAAUUGAGUGCAGCCGGCUGGGAAACUGCAAAUUCAUCACAACAGAGCAGUCAUACGCUGGCGAAUAGCCAAAGUGCCAGUCUCAGUCUCCGAGAGAAGAUCCGGGCUUUUAACAAAGCCUCCGAGCAGGGAAAAAACGCUCUGCAAAACUUCACCCUGUGUUUUAGUAGCAACAGCAGCACGGAUAUUACCUCUGGAGACGAUGUUAAACCUGUUUCAGUUGAGACCAGAUCCCGCACGAAUUCCGGCUACGAGGGUGACGUUGAUAGUGAACUGGAUCAGGUUGGGGAAACCAUUAAAGAGUCACAAAAACAGGGAGGCAAAAGUAAUGCUUGAGAUGCUUAUAUAAAUUCAAGUUUAACAUUUCAAAAAUGAACAUUCGUAUAUCAGGCUCAAAAUUUAACUCAUUUAAGUACAAGUAUUUGUUAUAAAUUCUCAAUUUUAAUUCUAUAAACUAAGCUAUAAACUAAUAAAAUUGUCUACGAGGUAA